GCCUCCAAUCAAGAAGAAAACGCGAAGGACCCCUGCCGACCGCUUGCCAUCAAGAUGCUCGACAGUCAACCCCCCGCCCCCCUCUCUCCUGAUAUUGGGCUUCUCAUGCUAACGUAAUAUCCUAACUCGUCCGAUACAGACAUAUGGGCCACUGCCGAAUUCUCCAUCAGCCAGAUCAUCGUCUCCUCCAUGGCGCUGCGACCACUCAUGAAGCGCGUCUGGCGCAGCAUGUCGUCGACCAUCACCCCCAAGCCGCGCUCGAGGACCAGCGGCGGUCACGUACGGUUCCACAGCCACAGCAACAGCAACCCGAGUCGGGGGCAGCACGACAAGGACAGCCACAAUGGUCACGGCAGAUCAAGGGGCGGCAGCAUCAGCCAUGUAUUUCGGAAACACGCGGCAUCUCAGGCUCAGAGUGGCGGCGGGACGAGCGGAAGUGGUGGGUCGACGAGUGGCCGCGGCGGGAGCACCCUGGAUACCUGGCAGCUCACGAACAUCAGCGAGGUGGAACUCCAGCGGUACGAUCAUGUAGGGAGGGAGAAUGUCAGUCACACGGCAAUGUGCUGGAGCAAUGCUGGAGAGGCUGUCGGCGAGCGGCCCUUGGACGAUCUCGAGACUGGUGAGGUUGACCCACAAGGCCUUAGGCAACCCGGAGGAGCGGAACAUAAGGAUACCGGGUCGAGGAUACAACAGCGGUCCAGCAUCAGUAUAGACCUUGUUUAGUAUCACGACGGUUAA